UGCCGCGACUGAAGCGAAAGCCAAUGCUAGCAGGAACAAAAGACGAUUGGAAAACUUUAGGAGGAUGAGAGUAAUGAAACGGUGUGUUCAUGACUAGAAAUGGAAACGACCGAAAUCAACGAUUCUAGAAGGAUUUAAGAAAAGCGAAUGCAUGGGAGGAAUGAGCCUGCACACGUUGGUAUAAGAGAUCAACAAAACUGUCACGAUGAAGACAAUUGGAAUAGGAAAUUGGUUUUGCUUGACACUGAUUGCCAUAUUUCUGACAAUAUACGUCGACGCAAAAAAGCAAAAGCGACAAAUAUUCAGGGAGCAGGUACUCCCAGCACUAGGAGGUAAAAUUCCUGAAGAAGCUUUCAAAACCGAUCGUUUAGCGUUGAAUCGAUUAAACAAGGAAGGUAUUACGAUACCCGAUGGCGUGGUGUUAGAUGCUCGUCAUGUACAUAAACAUUCUCAACGCGUUCAAACUGUGCCAGAAGUAAUAAAGGUGUACUUAACGCCGGAUGGUCGAUACGUGCCACCGGAGGGGCGAUUCCAGUACAAUCAUGCGAAGACGAUAGAUACCACUUACGUUAUUCGUGCACCAUAUUCACGGUCCAAUGGCCAUAAGUACUCGAACAACUACGCCAACAACAAGCAUCGGGAACUACCAAAAUUCCAAACUUACACGAGUUUCAGACAAUUCGCGCCCAUAGUGCUACCUACGAAGCCUGGAAUAUACAAACCUAUCAUAGCGCCUUUAGUACUUCCUGGUAACACCGAUCUCUUAGAAGAAACUUAUAUACCUACCUGGAACAUUCAUUACGAUUGGGACACCGUUUACGAACCGGACAACGACUAUUUCGUCAAUAACAUCGCUCUUUUCAACUCUCAUCAGAUCAUAACCGAUUACCAAGGAUUUCUCAAUAAGUUCCACGAACGAUCUUCUAGACACAUUGAAACUCUCUCUGCGGAUAGAGAUCAAAAUGUUUUUCCUCGAUUUAAAAAGCAGGAAUCGAGGAACAACGGUAUGAAUUCACGAGCAACGUCUUAUCAAAAUGUCAGAUUUCAUAUCGACAACACGGUGUCGCGUUAUACGAAUCUAACUAGUAUCCCGGAAACCAGUUUCACAUGCAAUGGCAGAAGGGGUAUGUUUGCCGACCAUGAUACUAAUUGCCAAGUUUUCCACAACUGUGCUGGCUGGUCAAGAACUUCUUCGCUUUGUCCUGUAGGCACUGCGUUCAGCGAUGUUAAAAAGCGCUGUGAAUGGUGGAACACGGUGCAAUGCAAAUGAUAAAUACAAUAAAUUAUUAAAUUGUAUCGACGUUGUAAAAAUUACGCUAUACUGUGUAGUAAAACCUCGAGUUGGACUAAUAGGAACAAGGAUGUGUCCGUUAAAUACAAAUGUCUGCAAAAUACCAUAGUUAUAAAAC